AUGUCUUCCAACUCGUCCACUACUCCCCAUCGUCAGACGGGUUCACUGUCAGGUAAUAAUGAAAUUCAUCGAGAUCAGGUUACUAGAAGAGCUUCUAUUCGAUCAGCCUUAGAUUGGAUACAACGUUUCAAACAAAGUUGGAUCAGUAUAGUUAUACUAAAAGGUGGAAUAGGUUUAGGUCAGGUCAUCGUGCUCAUCACUCUACUUAAUUUAUCUUCAUCACUCCCUUCUCCUCUUUACCCGGCUCGCAAGCAAUCGGAACCAACACAAGCAUGUCCCCAUCCGGAGUACUUUCAAGCUUGGAUGGGAGUCCAAAUUGGUAGAUUAACUAUUUGUUGGGCCGUAAGUAUGUGGAUCUGCUUUGAAAGAAGAAGACACAGGGGAGAUCAAAGAGCAUCAAACGACGAAGAAGAAGAUACAGUCUCUUCAGAGAUUUCUCAUCGAGUACAUACUGUCAACCACAUUACUCCUUCGGCAUCAUCAUCUUCCUCCUCUUCUUCGAUAUUCCAUACUCCUUCGACUCAAUCAUCACGUACACCAGAAACUAUCUACAUAUCGACCUACACCUCCAUGCCGAGUUUCACCUCUUUGUCUCCCGACAGACAGAAUGGUGGAAGGAAAGAAAGCCGUCUAACCCCCCAUAUCGUAAGGGAGGUCAGGGAACACAGAGAGAACGAUGGGUCUGUUCCUUCAGCGGAAGGUGGAAAUGCACGGGACGAGGAUGAUGCAGAGCGUACAGAUAGAGAGAGCUUGAUGGCUGCAAGGCAAAUGGUGAGACCUGAUCACGCUAUAGAAGAUGGGCAAAAUGGAAUGGGAAGUAGUUGGAGAGAGGCAACUGAUCGUAUAGCGCCAAAGAUAUCGAAAUUCUUAGGGUUGCUAUCUUUCGUCCUGUUUAUUCUAGGUAACAUCCUCUUGUUCAGUCCAUCACCGUCAAAUCAAGAAUCAUGCUAUCGUUCAUCACCAAUGCUAUGGUGGGGUGUCAUGACAGUUACAGGAGUAGGUUGGUUCUUAUUGGCUCAGAUUGUGAUUGUCAUCUUGGUAGCAGGAAUAGGCGGGACACUUGUUGUGGCAAUUCUACGCAAUUUCGGUAUUUCCUCACCUUCUUCUCCUCCACCAGGGCAUGAUCGUGCUCCGCCUCCUAUACCACUUACAGCUGUCGAGCUAUCGUCUUUGAAAUUCAACUGUUAUGCUCCACACCCCGAAAAUCCAAAUCUAUCAAUAAGGGAAGAAUUACUACCUCAUCCACCAAUCUUUUUAGAGGAGAACCGAAUCACAUGUGCAAUAUGUCAAGAAAACUUCGUACCACCUGAAAUUGGUAGAGAAGAGAUGUCAGAGUGGUUAAGGGAACUAUCAUGCAAUCAUGUAUAUCAUGCAAAAUGCAUCGAUGAAUGGUUGACUCGAGGGUCGGCAAAUUGUCCUUUCUGUAAUAGGUCAGUUAGAGAAAUGAUCAACACCUCAUCGAAUGAUCAGGCGGAUCAUGGACGUGAACAUGGACAAAGGAGAAAAAGCGUUCUCAGUACGUGGCUAAGGAAAGAAAGUAGAUGA